AGAGCGAAUUCGGUUGGCGUUAGUAGUUGAGCAGUGCUUUUGCUUGCAGACAUGUCGAACACUGCCCAGCCGAGAAGCGAAAGCGGAAAGAUUUACGACGGUCAGGUGGCGAGUGCCGCAUUGGCGCUCGGCGCUCUACAGUACGACAAUGGAAUAGCUCAGGGAUACAGUGGUAUGGACAAUAUGUAUCCAACAUCGGUAACGGGCGUCGGUCCGACCUCAACUCACAACCUCCCUCAUUAUCCUACCUAUUCUCAGCCCCAUCACUCUUCGUCGGAAGACGCUCAACAGAAGAGGGAUAAGGAUCAAAUAUACGGCCAUCCACUCUUCCCGCUACUCGCCUUAAUCUUCGAAAAGUGCGAGCUAGCUACCUGUACGCCCCGAGAUCACGGAGUAACCGGCGGCGACGUGUGUUCAUCCGAGUCAUUUAAUGACGAUAUCCGUGUAUUCUCUCAGCAGACGAAAGCCGAAAAGCCAUUCUUCUCGGCCAACCACGAGCUCGACACAUUGAUGGUGCAAGCAAUACAAGUAUUACGGUUCCACCUGCUCGAAUUGGAAAAGGUUCACGAACUGUGCGACAAUUUCUGCAACCGUUACAUCUCUUGCUUGAAGGGUAAAAUGCCGAUCGACUUAGUGAUCGACGAACGGGAUUCGACGCCGGGACAAAAGCCUGAUUUAAACCUGCCAGACACUCCAUCGUUCGACCAGCCGCUUCCUCCACCCACAUCCACCUACUGUCCACCGCCCUCCGACCUAGAUACGCAAUCGACGCGAAGCGGGGAUACACCGGGACCGCCACCCACUCAAAUGCCGCCCACCUCAGCCCAAACGGCACCAAUCCAAGCCUCAUCGGCGCCAAAUUCGACGCAGAGUAUGGAUAAUUCUAGCGAAGCCGGCGAUUGCGUGGAGAACAGCGUCGGAUCUGGAGACGGUUCAACUGAAAACGAGGACACAGAAACUAUGAACAACAAACGACAGAAGAAGAGAGGAAUCUUUCCAAAAGUUGCCACAAAUAUCAUGAGAGCAUGGCUGUUCCAGCACCUUUCACACCCUUAUCCGUCAGAAGAACAAAAGAAACAAUUGGCGCAAGAUACGGGCCUGACGAUACUGCAAGUGAACAACUGGUUCAUCAAUGCCAGGAGGAGAAUAGUGCAACCGAUGAUUGACCAAUCAAACCGACAAGGGCCUCAGGGACCUUACAGUCCGGACGCAGCCGCUAUGGGUUAUAUGGACAAUCAGCAGAUGGCGCACAUGAGAGGGGCUGGCUUACAAGCAAUGGGUGACGUAUAUGGAACACAACACCCCGCAAACUAUGGAGCCAUGGUGCGAGCUCCCGUCCAUUCUCAAACGAUGCUGAUACCAGGUCAUCCUCACCAUAUGAUGAUGACUGCUCCUCACCAUAUGGGUCACGGCUUACAAGUCGCCCAAUCGCCGCCCUUACCUCAUCACGCAAUGGACGCAUCGAUGGGUGCCAUGCAAGACAUUCAUGCAGGAUAA